GGUGCGCUCCGGCGCGGCGGAGAAAGGAGGGUCCCGCCCGGGCGGCGCCGCGGGCUCCGGUUGAUGCUGCGGGCCUGCCGCCGCCAUCCCGCUGCCCCCGGCGCUGCUCCUCGGCCGCCGCUCGCCAUGCUGGGAGAGAGUCCGGCCGCCGCCCGGCCGCUCCUGCGGGCGGGACCCCCGCUGGCGCUCUGCUACACCUCGGCCCUCCUGGUGCUCGCCCUCUCCGCGCUGCCCGCCGGCCGCGCCUCUCAUCCCUUGCCCGGCUCCGAGUGCCAGGGCGGCGGCAAGGGGAAAGGCAUCAACUGCUCAGAGUUAAAUGUAAGGGACUCUGACGUAAGAGUGUGUGAUGAGUCGUCAUGUAAAUAUGGAGGAGUGUGCAAGGAAGAGGGAGAUGGCUUGAAAUGUGCAUGUCAGUUCCAGUGUCACACGAACUAUAUUCCAGUUUGUGGAUCAAAUGGAGACACUUACCAAAAUGAAUGCUUCCUCAGGAGAGCUGCUUGCAAGCACCAGAAAGAGAUAACAAUGGUAUCAAGAGGACCGUGUUAUUCUGAUAAUGGCUCUGGGUCAGGAGAAGGAGAGUAUGAAGGAUCUGGGACAGAAGUUCAGAGAAAACACUCGAAAUGUGGAGUUUGCAAAUACAGGGCUGAGUGUGAUGAAGAUGCAGAGAAUGUCGGGUGUGUAUGUAACAUAGACUGCAGUGGAUACAGUUUUAAUCCUGUAUGUGCUUCUGAUGGAAGUUCCUAUAACAAUCCGUGCUUUGUCAGAGAGGCAUCAUGUCUGAGGCAAGAGCAGAUUGACAUCAGGCACCUUGGGCACUGCUCAGAAACAGAUGACACAAAUGCAGUUGGAAAGAAAGAUGAUGGCAUGCAGUAUCGGCCAGAAGUGAAAGAUGCCAGUGAUCAAAGAGAAGACAUUUACAUUGGAAACCAUAUACCUUGUUCAGAAAGCUUCAAUGGUUACUGUAUACAUGGAAAAUGUGAGUUCAUUUAUUCCACUCAGAAGGCUUCCUGCCGGUGUGAAUCAGGAUAUACUGGACAGCACUGUGAAAAGACAGACUUUAGUAUUCUUUACGUUGUCCCAAGCAGACAAAAGCUUACGCAUGUCCUUAUUGCAGCAAUAAUUGGAGCUGUACAGAUUGCCAUUAUAGUUGCAAUUGUCAUGUGCAUAACCAGAAAAUGCCCCAAAAAUAAUAGAGGACGUCGGCAGAAGCAAAACCUAGGCCAUUUUACUUCAGAUACAUCAUCCAGAAUGGUUUAA